UGUGCUUUGCUACAAGAUAGUAGCCUAGCCAUCACCAAGGACUAGGGACUAGACCCCCACGACUCGCUCAGGCUGCCCAUUACGUUGUGCGCCAGCCCGAGUAACACACCGUUCGUGCUCACGGCCCCAGAGCGGCUGCUGUCGAGUGAACCAUGGCACAAGUCAUGGCGGCCCCUAGCGCCAUGAUGACGGUCCAGGUGCCAGAGGGUGCUCCGCCCGGGACAAUGGUCCAGCUCACGGCCCCCAAUGGGCAGCCGGUCCAGGUCCAGAUCCCGCCGGGCCUGGGCCCGGGCCAGCAGUUCACGAUCGCCGUGCCCGCCGCCGCUCCGCAGAUGAUGAUGCCGGCCGCGCCCGCCGGACCAGUGGUCCUCGUCGACCACUUGCUCGUCGCCAAUUGUGGCAAGUUCCCGGGACAGGCCUUCGCGGGCUACGCCGCGGACGACGUGAUGGGCGCCGGGGCGCGGCCGGCCUUCGCGUCGGAAGUGACGUUCGGCAUGAUCAUGGAUAACAUGGGCUGCUGCAAGAACCCCUAUCAAGGUUUAGAGGUGCCCGUGUACCUCUCGACGAUCGACGCUGGCAACGGUAAGAUCACGGACAGAAACUUCGAAGCGGCCCGACUUCAUUUCGACGUCGUCCCCGCGUGUCAGUGCCCCUGCGACAACACGCCUAUCUCGGGGCGGGUCGUCAAGGCCGGCGUCGCGUAUCCCCUCGUGUCCCACGGCGGCCCGAGCGCCUGCCCCCAGUGUAUUGCUGAUGCUGACAUGACAGUCAAUUCAACAACUCUGAAGGGCACGCUGUAUCCGUGUUGCGUGCAGCCCUGCUGUGACACGCCGUUCGUGCGGCCCGUCGAGGGCGAACCGGGUGCGGGGAUGUACCGGUGGAUACUCCAGCCGUGCGCGAGCGGGCCCGGGCGCGACCCAGUCCAGCCCUUCCGGCGAAUGCCGUGUUGCUUCUGCCCCGGGGGGAAGCCGAUCGGCCUCCAGACGUAUAGCAUGCAACUGCCCGCCAAGAACGACGUGCCCCCCGAGGUGUGGUUCGCGGCCGCCAUCUUCGAGAGCGUCGUGUACCCGUACCACCAGCAGGGAGACGGCGGCGGCGGCGACGGCGGCGGCGGCGGGGGCGGGGGCUCGGUCCGCGUGGAAGAGAUGGAGCGUUAAGGCCGUUGUUACGGUGCUAGUACAAAACCUUCGCGCCUGCUGAGAGAGAGAGCCACUUAUUGAACCCACCCCCAGGUAGUACGGACCCCGAACGCUUCGCCAC